GGUUUGAAAGAAGGAAAGCCUCUGCUCACCUGCGAACUAAUGAAAUUGAACCUGGAUGUGGGGAAAGGGAUGGCUGGUGAACUAACUCAAAGAAGAGCUCUCUCUCUGCUGUUCUUCCUUAUUCCAACAGUGACAUCAACAUGGUAUGCAGGUUCAGGCUACUAUCCAGAUGAAAGUUACAAUGAAGUGCAUACAGAAGAGAUCCCACAAACUCCUCCCCUAGACUAUCAAGUUCCUCAGUGGUGUUAUACAUUAAAUAUCCAAGAUGGAGAAGCCACAUGCUACUCACCGAGGGGAGGGAAUUAUCACAGCAGUCUAGGCACACGUUGUGAGCUCUCCUGUGACCGGGGCUUUCGAUUGAUUGGACGGAGGUCAGUGCAAUGCUUGCCAAGCCGUCGUUGGUCUGGAACUGCCUACUGCAGACAGAUAAGAUGCCAUGCACUACCAUUUAUCACUAGCGGCACCUACACUUGCACAAAUGGGGUGCUUCUUGACUCCCGCUGUGACUACAGCUGUUCCAGAGGCUACCACUUAGAAGGUGACCGCAGCCGAAUCUGCAUGGAAGAUGGGCGAUGGAGUGGAGGCGAGCCUGUAUGUGUAGACAUUGAUCCCCCUAAGAUCCAUUGUCCCCACUCACGUGAGAAGAUGGCAGAGCCAGAAAAACUGACUGCUCGAGUAUACUGGGAUCCACCCCUUGUGAAAGAUUCUGCUGACGGCACAAUCACCAGGGUGACACUUCGGGGCCCUGAGCCUGGUUUUCAAUUUCCUGAAGGAGAGCAUGUGAUUCGUUACACGGCCUAUGACAGAGCCUACAACCGGGCCAGCUGCAAGUUCAUUGUGAAAGUACAAGUGAGACGCUGUCCAAUUCUGAAACCACCACAGCACGGUUACCUUACCUGCACCUCAGUGGGCAACAACUAUGGUGCCACCUGUGAGUACCACUGUGAUGGUGGUUAUGAGCGCCAAGGAACCCCCUCCCGGGUCUGCCAGUCCAGUCGCCAGUGGUCAGGAGCACCACCUAUCUGUACUCCUAUGAAGAUUAAUGUCAAUGUCAAUUCAGCUGCUGGCCUCCUGGAUCAAUUCUAUGAGAAACAACGGCUCCUCAUCAUCUCAGCUCCUGAUCCUUCCAACCGAUAUUAUAAAAUGCAGAUCUCUAUGCUGCAACAAUCCACCUGUGGACUAGACCUGCGGCAUGUGACCAUUAUCGAGCUGGUGGGGCAGCCGCCUCAGGAUGUGGGGCGCAUCCAAGAGCAACAGCUGUCAUCCAGCAUCAUCGAGGAGCUCAGGCAAUUCCAACACCUUACUCGCUCCUACUUCAACAUGGUACUGAUUGACAAGCAGGGUAUUGACCGGGAACGUUACAUGGAACCUGUCACCCCUGAGGAAAUCUUCACAUUCAUUGAUGACUACCUACUCAGCAACCAGGAGAUGAUCCAGCGCCGGGAGCAAAGGGAUAUGUGCGAGUGAACUUGAGCUAAGGAAUGGUUACGGUCAAAGGAAAAGCUUCCCUACUUAGAUAAACCUGAGGCCUAAUAAAAAGAUAAAAUGUUUUCCCACAAUUCUAGAGACCAUACUCUGAAGUGGGCAAGGCCUGUCAAUGUUGGGAUAUUUUUCAGGUGACGUUUUUGGCUGUUUAAUAGCUUUGCCUGUUCCUCCAAGGAGCAAAAGCUAAGAAGAGAAGGAAGACAGGCUCUGGGGAGUAGGUUGGAGGUAGAGUAGGUCUUCCUUUCAUAACUCAGAAAUUGCCCAGCUCUCCAAAGUCUUUCAGAUAAGUAAAUCCUAAAUUCAUUCAUUUAUUUACUGGCUGUUUUAAAUGUUUCCUCUACCCAGAGGUGAUACCAGAGGGCAGCACUAUCACAACAAACAACCAAGACACUAUCAAGUGUACUUUAUUAGAUCAGAGGCAGAGAUUUAUAAAACACUCUUGAACCUGUUUGUCACUUCAUCUAAUAGGGCAUUGGGCUAAAACUGUUGCUUGAAACAUUGCUUCAUCAAGAGUUAGGAAAACAUUGCAAUGGGAGGGAGUUGGCAAAGAAAAUUCUAAUCAGAACAGAAAGCUGUCUUGUGGCUCCUCCAGCUGGCUCAUGGGCAAGAAUCUUUGCAUACUGAGGCCUCUGGCCCCCAGAACAAAUGGUAGAUAAUGUAGUCCCUUCCUUAGUAGAGUCGCCCCAGCCUGUGAGCUUUAGCACCUUAAAAGUAUCACUGAAAGUAGUAAAGACCCCACCUCAUGUAUUAAUUUCCACAGAUAUCGACUUUUAAGAGAUCAGUUAUAUGCAGGUGGGAGCCACAUCAGCACAAAGUCAAGUCUUACGAUCCAGGCUUGAAAGUACAUUUGAGGUCAUGCUAUUGGGAAGUGGAGCUACACACAAUUCCUGGAUCUUUCCCUUCCUUCAUUCCUUUCCUUCCUUCUUUGAUACUGGGAAUUGAACCUGGCACAUUCUAACCCCAUUAUCUAACACCAAUCUUCACCUCCAGCCUCAGAUCCCUAAUCUGAUUUCAGUCCGACUCAACAAGAGUGUCAGUGUUUGGAAGACAAAUGUUUUCCUCGCCUUGCUGCUAAACACCUGCAACACUCAUGGAACUCAGAGUCAUAAUUAAGACUCAGCAGCCUUUUGCUCUACCCAGGGGGUCACCAGAGAAGGGAGGAAGCAGGCUGGGUGGGGGAAGCAGAACCAAUAAUGCUUGAGCAUUUACUAUGUGUAAAUUCUAAACACUCUAUUCAUUGACUCUGAAGUAUUCACCAGAACCCUAAAAGAUAGAUAUUAUUAUUAGCUUUCUUUUAUAGA